AUGCUUGAAGACGAUGAUGUUCAAGAUUUAUGGAAAUUGAAAAGGAAAUUUGACGUUGUUGUUGUGGAACAAUUUAACGGUGACUGUUCCUUGGGCUUGGCGUACAAGCUUAAUGCACCCGUUGUCGGAUUAACAUCGCACGUUUUGAUGCCUCAUCACUACAAUCGCUUCGACGCUUUAGCAGAUCUUCCGCAAAGAGUUGUAUGGAAGUGGGAGACAAAAUCCCUUCCUGGGAAACCUAAAAAUAUAUUCGUGUCGAAAUGGCUACCGCAGAAUGACUUACUAGCCCACCCAAAAGUUCUUGCAUUUUACUCACAUUGUGGACUACUGGGGGUAACAGAAGCUGUAUAUCAUGGGGUACCAAUAGUCGGGAUGCCAAUUUACGGAGAUCAACCAGUGAAUGCUGCUGCCGUAGAAGAAAGUGGUUUUGGGGUAAAAAUUAAUAUGCACGAUGUCACAAAGGAAAAUCUUCUUCAAAAAUUCAAGACAGUCUUAAACCCUGAG